CCCCUCGGUGAAAUGUAUGGAAGCACUGCGGCACACUGCGUGUAUUCUGCAGGCUGCAUGGCUGUCUGGCUCUGCGUUCAAAGGGAGAGCGGAAGAUAGGAGGAGGGGAAUGACUACACCAAGAGGGUAGGAGGAGGAGGGAGGACAGUUUCCUUUCUGUAACACACACGCCACAAGAUCGCACCGGGAAAACGGGGAGAGGAAAGAAAAUUAUAGGCGAGAGAGAGAAGAAGGAAACACCGCAGCCCCUCGGUCCGUUUGGUUGUGUCGGUUUUUUUAAAAGGGGGGGGGGGAGAAGUCGUGUUUUCUUUUUAACGCAGACUCGCGGACUAACAUGGGGGAAAGAGAGAGCUCCUGAGGCGGAUUGACUUUCAGUGAACCUCUGCUCUGUGGUACAAGGCUAAUAGAGGGGGAAAGGGAAGACAUGUUGAGGGUUUUUUUCGUCUUGAGGUUGCGGUAGGAUGUUGAUGUUGCGCUCCUAAAUACAAUAAAAAAUACACACAAAACCAGACGGUUCUUCGCGGAGAGGAAAAAAACCGAGGGCAAAUGGACAUUUGGCGGUAGGUUGUGCUCAGGAGCUAUUGUUUUGAUCGGUGUUUAUUUAAUUGGUUUGUUAUGAUCUGAAAUAACGUAGGCCUCUUGGGCAGACCUGCAGUAGGCUGAAUAAAUCCACGGUCAGCAAACAGGGGCUACAUUAGCUGGAAAGCACCCUUGUGAUUUAAGGGGGCUUUUUUUUAAGGCCACUGUGUUUUGUAGUGAGGUAAAAGCAGUGUUUAUUAGCUCCUUGUUUUUUUGUUUAUUUCUUAAGCCAGAGAGCCAAAACAUUUCCAGGUAGAUCAACUCUUCAGGGGGGUCUUACAAAGGCCCAGCAGAAUAUACAGUAAAGGCUUCUUUGCGACAUCAAAAGAUCAUUUUUAACUGCGGAGGAAAAUCGUCCACAGGCUGGCUUUAAGCACAAAAGGUGCACGCGAGUAGGUAGUCUAUCCUCCUCCAGUUUAGCUCAAGACAGGGGACAAAAGAAGAUUUUUAAAUGUUAAUGUCGACCGACGUUGCAUCCAUCAUGCUGCCUGUGUCCCGGGGUCUCAUGGACCGGGAUAGAGAGCUGGACCCCAUGGCCGGGGUGCACCCCAACAACGGCGGCGCUCCGGCGGUCGUCCGGGGCAUGAAGCGCGGAGACCCGGAGCCCGACGGACAGGCGGCGGCCGUUCUGGUGGACUCGACCGGGGCGGAGUGCAAGCGUCCCCGGAUCGACGGCUCAGGAGGGAUCGGUGAGAUUGGCCAGAACAACGACCCUUUGACCCUUGGAUACCAUGGCUACCCCUCUCAUAGUCAGGGUUCUCAGGAUAGUGCUGGCGGUCAGGAGGGACUCGUGCCUCCACCUUUCUCCGCAUUCCCGCCGCCUCCGCCGCCGCCCCCCCAGAACGGCCUGGCCCUGGAUUACGGGGGCAGCCUGUACGCGGCAGGGGCCGUCCAGGGCCCCGUGGAAGCCGGCGUAGCAGUGAACAGCGCCGCAAACAUCGUCAACAGCCUCGGUGUCCAACAGUCAGAUGGGUCCUCCCAGAUUGACGGUUCGUCAGUGGUUGGCUCAGGAGGAGUCGGUGGUGGAGGGAGCAUUGGGGAUGACUCAGAUGCCAAGGGGACCCCCAAACGCCUCCACGUGUCCAACAUCCCCUUCCGCUUCCGAGACCCCGACCUACGGCAGAUGUUUGGACAAUAUGGCAAAAUCCUCGACGUGGAGAUCAUUUUCAACGAGAGGGGGUCCAAGGGCUUCGGUUUUGUAACAUUCGAGACGAGCGCGGAUGCGGAGCGGGCCAGAGAGAAGCUUCACGGCACGCUGGUGGAAGGACGUAAAAUCGAGGUGAACAACGCCACAGCUAGAGUGAUGACGAACAAGAAGAUGACCACCCCUUACUCUAACGGAGAGGGCCUCGCAACGCUGCCGUACGGUAAUGCACUUUAAACUUCACAACAGACGAUUCUAUCUUCUUUUUUCCUAUAUUUUUUUCUAUAUUUUUAAAAUAUUAGUAUUGAUCUCCUUCAUUAGGCAUUUUAUCCAAAAGUGCUGCAACUAACCACUGUUUUCAGUCGAUUAGUCUGUCGAUUAUGUUCUCGCUUUGGUCAGAAAACAGGGAGAAAUGUCGAUUCAUGUUUCCCAAAGCCCAAGAUGACGUCGUCAAAUAACCUGUUUUGUCCACAACUCAAAGACAUUCAGUUACUGUCAUAGUGGAGAAAGAAACUGGAAUCAACUGGAGAAUGUUUCCUUUUUUUUCUUCAAAAAAUUACUCAAACCGAUUAAUCGUUUAUCAAAACUGAUGUGAUCCGAGAACUAAUCGCUAAAUCAUUGCAACUCUAAUACCCCACAAAGCAAAAGCCUCAAUAACUCUUUUCUUUUCAAAGUAGGACAACAUAACUUCAUGUAU